ACACAGAUCUGAAUCACAAAACGAGGGAAGAGCCGGGAUCUUUUUCUGAUACCUGCGGCGUUUAACCAAUCUCACAAUCGAGCCAGGAACCAAAAAUCUGUUCUUCUGUUUCCAGGAACAUUGCCCAUUCUUUCUGAAAAGCCAGUAUUAUGAGAUCUCCUCAUUCCCAAGCUGACAUUAGAGAAUCUUGACAUGCUCCAGGCAAAUCUUUUUAAAGAUCUAUAUUGAAGCUGGGAAGACAUUGGCCUAGAGGCGGGGGAGAAAGACACAUGGUUUUCCUCGGCUGGAGAAGAUUGCUGCACUUUUGUGGUAGGGCCAGCUUUAGAAAAGACUUGAAGCAGAGACAGAGAGGCUGUUUGUCUUGGAGGUGCUACCGGGGAAGAACAUUCGGAAGACUUCAUGUAGACCCCAAGCUGAGAAUGUUUCUAGAGGAGAAUACCGAAAUCAUUGACACUGGGAACCUGACCCCGGAGAUAAGAUUACGUCUUCUGACCCCUAAUUGCAGGUUUUGGCAUGACAAAGCUGCCUUGUGGCCCUACGGGGAGCCCUACUGGGCAAUGUACUGGCCAGGAGGCCAAGGAUUAUCCAGAUACCUUCUUGAUAAUCCAAAAGUGGUCCAGAAGAAGAAAGUUCUGGAUCUAGGAAGUGGUUGUGGAGCAACAGCUAUUGCAGCUACACUAAGUGGAGCAUCACAAGUUGUUGCAAAUGAUAUCGAUCCUGUUGCAGCUGCUGCCAUGGUGCUUAACUGUGAGCUGAACAACAUAGACCCCAUCCCUGUUUUAACAGAGAACCUGAUUGGUACAGAUAUAGGCAAGUGGGACCUUAUUGUCUUAGGGGACAUGUUUUACAAUGAAGAACUUGCAGACAGCCUCUCUGAAUGGUUGAAGAAGUGCAUCCAGGAUGACAAGACUGGAUUGCUGAUCGGGGAUCCUGGCAGACCCUAUUUUGUGACCAACAGAAUUCAGAGAAAGUUGCACAAAGUUAGUGAAUACGCUCUCCCUCAAUCAUCACCGGAAGAAUACAACGGUUCAACCAAAACUAUUAUCUGGAAUUAUCAGCCUUAAUUUUUCAGAGGUCUUGGAAAUAUUAAAUCAGUUGACGUUACUUUGAAUCUCUUGAAUUCCAGUUCUCAUACACUGAGAUUUUAGCCUCUAUCACUAUGUAUAUUCCAAUAGUUUUAAAACACUUUAUUUGCAGCCAUAUUAGAGAGGACAGUACAAAAAACUUUGUGGUUGAGAAUGCAUUGUUUAAAAAAUAUACACAGUACUGCUUAUGCGAAUUACAAUAAAUUUUAUUGGUAGAGGGUGGCCUAUCAACAGCAGUUUUAUAUCUAAUGAAACUUCUAAAUUCAGUUGUUGGUACUGGGUAGUCGGUGGAUGAUCCAUCUAGGAAGGGGGGGGAACCUUGGGACAGUUUGCUGUAUUUUGAUUUCCAGAACAUUGUCGUCUUUUCAUACUAUUCUAUAACAGGCAUCUACCGGGAUACAUUUAUGAGGAUAAAUGUUUGAUCUUCGAUUGUUGUUUCUUAUCUAUCAUGUCUGGUCAGCCACUCUAGCACAUAUUUGAUGUAACAUCCUGGUCUGAAAUGGAAUAUCGUUUUAUCCAUUCUGGCAUGACUUUAUUAUUACUCAUGUUUGCAAAUGAGUGGAUCUUUCUGGCUUGACUUCUAUUAAGCUAAUUAUUGUCAUACAGAAGCAACUACUUCUGUGUUCUUGUGAAUAUGUUCACAAAGGCUGCUUUCUGCUUCAACGCAACUAUUCACAUAGGUUUGAUCAAGCUUUGUAUUUUCUGUGUUUCGUCUCACUUUACUCCAUGUACUGUCCUAAAGAGUGCUGGGUGGGACAUCUUAAAAGUUGUGCUACAUUAUUUGAUUAGGAAGAAUGUCAAAAUCCCUAUUCAACAACAAUUAGUAGUAAUGCAUAAUGAAAGGAAAGAGUAGAACAUUACUAUAUCUAUCUAGAGAAUGUCAAAACUCAUGCUGGUCAAUAUUUUUCUUAUAAAGACAAUGAUAAUGUCUUAGUGGGAUAAUUUCCCAAAAGUAUUCAUGUUAGUUUUCUGUAGCAAAAAUAAUUAAGAGUCUUGCAUCAGCUUACACACUAACAUAUUUAUUUUGGCAAAAGCUUUCAAAAAUAAAUCUACAGUGAAUGUUACUAUGUUGCCUUUAAUAGGUAGUUGAGAAGAAGGAAGGGGUUACAAACCAAAUAAAUAAAAACUCCUUAAUUAGAAUGGAAUAUAUGGCAUCCCAUUCUCCAGUAUCAGCAAAAGCCCACAUGAGCUUUUUGCCUUGAAAAUAACAAUGUUGAGUUCUACAAACACAUUCUAUGACUGGUUAUUAAGAGAAUUAAAUGAAAUUCAUGCACUGUACAACUUGAAGGAGGUUUUAUUCAGAUACAAACAAAUCAUGGCUCCUGUUACAAGGGACAACUAGAAAUAGAACUGGUCUCCACCUAAAUGACAGCAGAACAGGCAGCACAAGAAGAUGCUUCCAUGACAUUUGCUCCAUUAGCUUACUGGUGUUCUCUCUGCUUUUUGCAUUUCCUUAUUUACUGUUGGUCCUUUAUUGGUAAAAGUGUCAUGGUUAUUUUUUUUAAAAGAAGCAGUGCCCUAAAGCCCUCUUCACGAACUUCCAUGAACACAAAACACUGCAGAACAUUGAUAACUGCAGAACACUAACUUGGAGAAAAAGAAACAUGAGUAGCAUGUUUGCUCUUCUCCAACUUGAGACUACAGUAUCAACAGCAAAUGUACAGAUUAAUCAGAAGACUCUCAGAAAUGGUCCUUUUGUGCGGGGGGGGGGGG